AUGAAAUCUCCCGCCGCAUCAGCAGCGCGCCUGGCGCUCUCCUCUGCCCGCAGAACCGGUCUCGCAUCCUCCCGCCGGCCCGUCGCGCCCGUCCUCGGUUCCGUCCGGUCAUGGCGCGCUCUAAGCGGCCGCGCCCACAUGUCGACUGUUGUCGAGGAUCUGGGAAACACACCCUCGCCGCCCCCGCCUCCGCCUGCAGCUGCCCCUGCCUCUGUCGAGGCUGAGAGAGCAGCCAAUGCGCGCGAAAUCCUCAAGAGAGCCGUCAAUGCCACGGCCCCACGGAACAACUGGACGAAAGAGGAAAUCGCCGCUAUCUACUACACCCCGCUGAUGGAUCUCGCUUUCAAAGCUGGACUCGUCCACCGCCGCUUCCACGACCCCGCCGAAGUCCAGCUUUGCACGCUGAUGAACAUCAAGACGGGUGGCUGCACCGAGGACUGCAGCUACUGCGCGCAGUCGACGCGCUACCAGACGGGCGUGCAGGCGCAGCGCGUCGAGCCGGUCGAGGCGGUGCUGGAGGCGGCGCGCACGGCAAAGGCGAACGGCAGCACGCGCUUCUGCAUGGGCGCGGCCUGGCGCGACAUGCGCGGGCGCAAGAACUCGCUGAAGAACAUCAAGCUGAUGGUCGAGGGCGUGCGCGGCAUGGGCAUGGAGUGCUGCGUGACGCUGGGCAUGAUCGACGAGCACCAGGCCAAGGAGCUCAAGGACGCCGGCCUGACGGCCUACAACCACAACGUCGACACGAGCCGCGAGUUUUACCCCUCCGUCAUCAGCACCCGCACCUACGACGAGCGCCUCAAGACGCUGUCGCACGUCCGCGACGCCGGCAUCAACGUCUGCUCCGGCGGCAUCCUCGGCCUGGGCGAGAAGUCCAAGGACCAUAUUGGUCUGCUGUACACCGUCUCUAACAUGCCAUCGCACCCGGAGAGCUUCCCCGUCAACGCCCUCGUCCCCAUCAAGGGCACGCCGCUCGGCGAUAAGAAGCCGCUCGAGUUCACUUCCAUGCUGCGCACUAUCGCCACUGCCCGCAUCAUCAUGCCGGCCACCAUUAUCCGUAUCGCCGCCGGUAGGAAGACGAUGAGCGAGGAGAAGCAGGCUCUAUGCUUCAUGGCUGGCGCCAACGCCAUCUUCACUGGCGAGAAGAUGCUGACCACCGAGUGCAACGGCUGGGACGAGGAUAGCCAGAUGUUCGGCCGCUGGGGCCUGGUGCCCAUGAAGAGUUUCGAGAAGAGCCCUCAGCCGGCGCCUGAAAUCCAGUAG